AUGGAGGCUCCUGUGGAGGAGUGGCCGUUGUGCGACUGCCUCGUGGCCUUCUACUCCCACGGUUUCCCCAGCGACAAGGCAAAGGCCUACGUGAAGCUUCGAAGGCCUUACGCGCUGAACAACCUGGAGAUGCAGGACGUCUUGCACGACCGCAGAAAGGUGUACGACUUGCUUGAGAGCCAAGGGGUGCCACAUCCGGAGAACGUCUACGCCAGCAGAGAUGGUUAUGGCGGGCAGAAGCUGGAGGAGCUCGACAUUGUGGAGGCGGACGACUACAUUCAGGUCAACAGCGUGACGGUGCACAAGCCGUUCGUGGAAAAGCCGGUAGACGCGGAAAACCACAACGUGUACAUUUACUACCCCAUGAGCGCCGGAGGGGGAUCGAAGCGCUUGUUCAGAAAGGUGUACACGGUAGGUCCGGACUAUGGGCACGCCGAGGCGAGAAAGUCGCCGACUUUGGACGGCAAGGUCAACAGAAACGCCGAAGGAAAAGAGAUCAGAUACCCGGUGAUCCUGACCUCGGAGGAGAAGGAGUACGCCCGCAAGAUCACCCUGGCGUUCCGUCAGUGCGUGUGCGGGUUCGAUAUCUUGCGGGUGCAGGGGAGAAGCUUUGUCUGCGACGUCAACGGCUGGAGUUUCGUCAAGAACAGCAGAAAGUACGUGGACGACUGCGCGAUGCUCCUCCAAGAGUUCAUCGAUGCGGCGGUCAAGCCCAGCCGACGUACCAAGCUAUUCUCGACAGAGGGAGAAGGGAGGCUGCUGAAGCACCAGCGGAAGCAUCCGGAGGAACUGCGGGCGGUGAUCGCCAUCACACGGCACGGUGACCGGACUCCGAAGCAGAAGAUGAAGAUGAAGAUCAGCUUCCCGGAGUUCCUGGCGUUCUACAACAAGUACUCUCCAGGUCCGCGAAAGGAGAUCAAGGUGAAGGGAAAGCUUCACCUCAAGGAGUUCCUCGGGAUCACGGUCAACCUCAUCAACACUCUGCCGGCAGAGCCUACGUUCACCGAGGUAGACGCGGAGACCUUCGGGAAGCUGACCCAGAUCAAGCACGUGCUAGAGCGCUGGGAGAUCUCGGGGUUCAACCGCAAGCUGCAGCUCAAGCCGCGGAAGUGGGUAGAGGUGGACGAGAGCACGCUCUCGCCAGAACCGGAGCAGCGGGACAGAAAAAAGCCGAAAAAAGCCGGGAAGAAAGCGGCGGCUGUAGGCGCGACUAAGGCGGGGGCCGCGGCGGCGGGUCGGUCGGCAGACGAGCACCACGACACGAUAUCGAAGGGUGCGGGUGCGGCCAGGCGUAGCGACGGCGGCGGAGACACCCUGAGAAAGGGGGCGGAGGAGGGUCCUUGGGAGGAGGACGCGACGGAAGGGGGCGCGGAGGGGAAGAAGAGGAAGCCCGAGAGGGCGAGCCAGCUGCUGCUCAUUCUCAAGUGGGGCGGGGAGCUGACGAACCUGGGGCAGCGGCAGGCGAUCGAGCUCGGAAACAGCUUCCGGACGAUAAUGUACCCGGACGCCGGCGCCGGCGGGUUGCUUAGGCUUCACAGCACUUUCCGACACGACCUGAAGAUCAAGACCUCUGACGAGGGAAGGGUGAUGAAGACGGCGGCCGCGUUCGCCAAGGGUUUCCUAGAGCUGGAGGGGGAUCUGACGCCCAUCCUCGUGAGCCUGGUCAGCAAGGAGAGCAGCAAGAACAGCAGCGUGAUGAUGCUGGACCCUUCGGGGAACAAGAACAUCACCAAGGACAUGGACCGCAGCAAAGACUUUCUUCAGCGCGUGAUGGCCAAGGACGUGACCUUCACGCCCGAACUGAUCAAGAGCGUGGUCCCCACGGGCCAGGCCUCCGUCCGGAGAGCCCUCCGCUCCGUCGGAAACCCGGUGGCGAAGCUGACGCACCUGCGGGAGCUGGUGAUGGUGCUGGUGAAGCAGCUCUCGAGGAGGUCGGCCAGGUUCCCGCUCGCCCUGGGGGCAAACGACAGGGUCAGCGCGGCAGACCGGGAGCUUGACCGCGGCAUCGAGGCGGAUGAGUUCGCGACGAGCAGGGUGGAGAAGGCGGAGGCUCGAGAGAAAGAGAAGAAGCUGCAGAAGCUACAGCAAAGCUGCGACCCCAGUCACCUCCCCGCCACCAGCAAGGACAGGUGGGACAGCAAGGACAACAUGCUUCCCGUCCGGGGCGAGACCCCGCUCCUCAUGCACGACCGCUGGCGGAAGCUGCACGACGAGCUCUACGACAGCGCGACGGGGUUUGACAUCACCAAGAUCCCCGACGUCCACGACAACGUUCGCUACGACUGCCUCCACAACUCGCACCUCGGACUCGACGGUCUCCCAGAGCUGUACGACCUCGCCAAGCAGCUGGCGGACUCCAUCGUUCCGCAGGAGUACGGCAUCACCAAAGGCGCCAAGCUGGUGAUUGGUUCAAAGAUGUGCCACGCCCUGCUGGACAAGAUCAAGUACGACCUGCUCAUCGCGAUGAUGGACAGCGAGGUGGACAUGCGGUACCAGCUAGACCUGAGCCACGUGCAUGACCUGCCCAUAAACUCUCUCGGCCGGCGCGUGCGGACUCGUCUGUACUUCACUUCGGAGUCGCACCUGCACACGCUACUCAACGUGCUCAGGUUCCCCAUCGGCGACCGCGAGGCCGUGGUGACGGAUGAGGCCAAGAGGAUGCUCAGCAGGACCAAGGAGCUGUGCUACCUCACGUCCUUCGUGAUCCGGCUCUUCGAGGAUGCAGAAAAGGGGCCAGAAGACCCGGCGAGGUUCCGCGUGGAGAUCCUGUUCAGCCCGGGGGUGGUGAAGCACCCCAUGCUCUCGGGGGACCACCUGCACACGGCGCCCCUGGUGCCUCUCCACAAGCACCUCACCUGCAAGAUGGUGCUGGACACGCUCAACGCCGCUAUAGACUUGCCAUCAACUGUCCCUGACGACCACAGCGAGGCAGAAGCCAUCCUCCAUAAGCUGGACAAGGCCGCAAGGCAGCAGCGGAACAAGGAGAGCGGCGGCGGCGGCGGCGGCGGCGGUAGCGAUGCCAGCACCGUAGGAGCGGCGACUGAAGGCGGGGGUGGGGCUGCUGCGGCUUCGGCGCCGGGAGGGUCUGAGCAUGGAGAUGACGGUGGCAGCAGCAGCCAUACUGGCGGCCGCGAGAAGCAGCGGAAGAAGCAGCCGUGCCAACCCGGAGGAGGCGGAGGAGGCGAGGGCGACAUGACGCGAUGGAGCGGCGGCGAUCAACAACAGCGCGGUCCCGCGGGAGAGAGAGAGGAAGAGGAGGAUGCCUCGGGGGAGAGGCAGUCCUGGUACUACGGCGGAGGGGGGGGCUGGGGUAGAGGGAAGGCGGACAUCGGUGGCGACGCGGCGGCGGCGGAAGCGGACUCACGAGACAAGGGCGACGGUGGAGCGGCAGACGGUGGUCGUCCGGACGGAAGGAGCACAGCGAGGAACGGAGGCGUCCCGCCAGCAGGAGGGGCGAACGCCGACAGUAGGGAGAGUCAAAAUCCUCCCGAGCAGCAGCAAAAGCAGGAGCAGGAGGAGGAGGAGGAGGAGGAGCAGGAAGUUGCAGACGAGGAGGGCUACCACCCGGACACGGGAGGCGACCAAGAGGACGGGGAAGAGGAUGAUGACGACGGGGACGGCACGGGGGAGGAGGACGACGAAGAGGAAGAAGAGGACGGAGACGGCGAGGGGGACGACGACGACGACGACGAAGACGAUGACGACGAUAAUGAGGGGUUCGAGAGCGACAUCGCGAGGUCGGCGCAGGCCCGGCUGACAUCGGACUCGUACCAGUCCCUGCGGUGCGAGAGCGAGUUCUUCUGCCCGGACUCGGCCUCGAGCAACAGCCACACGCCCGACGACGACGACGAGGAGGACGAAGACACGACCCCGAUGAUCGGGUUGAACGGCCGUUCCUUUCGCCGGGGUCGAGGAGGCAGCAGGAGACACCACGUCCCCAAAGGCAGCAAGAAAAGGGCUGUGGUUCGACGAUCUGUCGGCGUGGACAGCCGCAACGAAGACGGCGGCGGCUGCGGGGGCGGCGGCGAGGGCAGGGGCGGUAGCGGCCCCAGGUACUCUGCCGCCACCGUUGCCGCUCUCGGUGUGCUGGGAGCGGCGGCGGCGGGUGCCGCGGUCAUGGCUCACGCCCGUCGGCGUUAG